CCCCCCAAAAACCAGAAUUCACUCACACGAUUCCCUCUUUGAUAUGGCUGGGAAGUUGAGGCAUGAGGAAAUCGGAGAGAACAUCAUCGACGAUGAGCCAGAGACGGCACUGGACAAAUACUUCAGGGCCAAGGUUGGGAUUGAUGACUUGGUAGCACAAGAGGAGGAGCUGCUGAGCAGGGUGGCGCCCUCACGUGACACGCACAGGAGAAUGAAGACCUGUUUGGAAGCCGAUACUGCUGCUCACAGCGACGGGUUGCUCGCAAUGCUGGCGCGGGGGAACUGUGUGUACCCGGACUCGCUAGGCGGAAGAAGGGAACGAGCAAUCGAUGCUCUCAGAGUCAAGCUAGCCAUAAUGAAAGCCGAAGGUUUGUUGAAGGAGCCCGGUGAGUUUGAGGAGCUCAUGGACCGACCUGGAGAGCUCAACGACUCCAUCCAGGAGUUGAUCGAUUCGCUCAGAAAUGCUAGUGAUAGCAUUUCCACCGGUCUUGCUGCGCUCUACCUCGGCAAAAGUACGGCAAUUCGGCAAAAGAAGGAACAGAUGGAGGAACUAUUCAUCAGAUUUGACAUGGAGACCUUACAAGUCCAAAUGAACGAGUUUGACAAGCUGCGUGAACUUGGGGAUUUUGUGGGGUGUCGAGCGAAGUUCGACAGGCGCUUCAAACCACGUCUCGCCUACGUGAUUUCUCACCUGGAAGAGUUACAGCAGCUUGUCGUGAGCUCGAUGGAUGCCCUCACCCCCCAUGAUGAUGAUUAACCUACAGGAAGUAUGUUAUUAUCGGUGAAAUGUUCGAAUUCC